AUGGACCACAUAGGAAUCCUGGGCACGCAUCUGCAGGGACACACGCACGUGGAGCCGAUCAGCUUCGGGAUCGAUCAGAUUCUUAGUAACGUGGAGCAGAGCUGCAUGAUGGGCGCAAGGAUGCACGAGCCCGACUAUGGACACCCAACCUAUGGUAACGGCACGAACGGUUCGGUGAACGGUGGGGGUUUCACGUGCGGAAAUGCGGUGUAUAACGGCACCGCCAACACAUGCGGGGUCUCAUCUCUUGGCGGGGCUUACAUCAAUAUGGGUGUUAAUAUGAACGGGACUAACAUGAACUCUGCUGGGGUCAUCCGGGUCCCCGCGCACCGGCCCCUGAGUGGCGGUAACCCCUCCGGUCCAUCGGUAAGUGGGACCUUUAAUAACCUGACCGCACUGACGUUCCCGUGGAUGGAGAGCAACAGACGGUACACCAAAGACCGGUUCACAGUGUCUCUCUCACCCCUCACUGUGACGCGUCGUGUAGGUCACCCCUACCAGAACAGGACUCCCCCCAAAAAGAAGAAGCCGCGGACAUCCUUCACCCGGCUGCAGAUCUGUGAGCUGGAGAAACGUUUCCACCGGCAGAAGUACCUGGCGUCGGCGGAGAGGGCCGCGUUGGCCAAAGCCCUGAAGAUGACCGACGCUCAGGUCAAAACCUGGUUCCAGAACAGACGAACCAAAUGGAGGAGGCAGACGGCGGAGGAGCGCGAGGCGGAGCGGCAGCAGGCGAACCGGAUCCUGAUGCAGCUGCAGCAGGAGGCCUUCCAGAAGACCAUCAACCAGCCGGUGACCCCAGACCCACUGUGCCUCCAAAACAGCUCUCUGUUCGCCCUGCAGAACCUCCAGCCGUGGACGGAAAACACCGCCAAGAUAAGCAGCGUCUCUGCCUGCGACUAGAGCCCAAUGUCGGCCAGACCGGCCCGGUGCCGGUCGGCCUGGGUUCACGACAGUCACCUCCUCCGCGCUACAACUCCCAUCUAAUGGGGGUCACAGUCAGAUCUGGAUCUCCACAGAUGUUGGAUGGAAUCCGUACUUGAGCCUCCGCAGACCCCAGCCUGACUGUGGAAAUAUUUGGGGGCGUUUUAGUGAAAACUGCGGACCAUGAACGGACUAGGGCCAGACACUUUGUAUUAUAAGCUACCUAUAAAGUGUUUCGUACACAGCAUAUUUUCAUAUUUUAUGUGUAAACUAUUAGUGUUCAUCUUUGCCAUGAGUGUCAGUAUUUGUCUGCCAUUGGCCUCAUAGACUUUUUACGUCAAUGCAAAAGAGAGCACUUGUUUCAGCACCUUUGUAUAAUCAAUCACAUCAUUUACAGAAUGAAAAAAAAAUCUGUGA